CGAGACGAGACCUGCUCAAUACUACCGACCUCUACCUACUCGCCAGAAUUUGUAACCACCACCCGAUUCUUCAGCCCGACGUCCCGCACGACGUUGUAGAGGAGAUGGCUGCCGUUUGACACCAUCCUGUACCAAACUGAGACCGCCGCUGUCAGCUCGAUUGGGAGUUGCCGGUAUUUAAGCUUCUUGCUCCUCGACCACGGACGGCUCCGCGACCGAGGAAGAGAGAUUAGAAGACAAGAGGGAACUUAACACCCCCGGGUUGAGGCAUCGCAACACAAUUUCGUUAUUCCAUUACCAUCACCCUGCUUGCACGCCGCCAGCGAGCCACUUUAUCUACCUAGCGAACCAAGAAGUUGCCCAGGCGCAGACCUGAUCCAAGCAUCCGAAGACGCCCAUUUCUCCUCUCUGACGAGAACCGGGACUAUCGACAAUCGACCAUCCAGGAACAAACCAGCUACGAUGACGAGCUUGUCCCGACGAUGAUCCACGGUAUUUCUUUUUCGCUCUGCAGGCCCGCCUUGAUCCAUUUUGUUUCUUGAUUUCGGAUAUCGUCCUUGAUCCUCUUCUCGAUCCCGGUUUUCAAUUCGUCUCGUCGCGCGCUACCGGCUCUCCUGCGCGAUUCAUCCCGAGCAGACGACUUUCACCACCGUCCCACUACCCACGGCUGAAGCCGAGCCACCUCUGAACCUCUGAUUCGGCGAUGGCUACUGCCCACAUGUCAUCCGACGUUCCUAAGCCCUCUUUCGCAAAGGUCGCUGCAUCGGCAUCAAAAGACAACCUACCUGUCACUACCGUGCGAAGAGUAACCGCGUCAGCUCAAAACCGCCCAGAGCAAGCCUCGUCCGCUGGCACCGCUCCUGUCCCUACACUCGUUGCAAACGGAGCCGACAGCCGCCCACCUCCGGCCAUGGACUCCACGAAGCCUGCACCGACAGCCGCCAAGCGCGAGCCCGCCCUGCCUAAGAAGACCGAUGCGACGGACCUUGUCGUAGAUGGACUGAAGGAUCUGAACAUUGGACAACGAACACCAAGCCUCGUUGUGAACGGAACGGGGUCUUCCUUUACUGAGCGAUCAAAAUCUGUGGCCAAGGAUGGUUCAGACGAUUCUCAGAAGGCUGAUUCCAGCUCCGAGCUUGGUACUAAGCCUCCCAGUCUGGAUGGAAAGAGUAUCACAUCGGGAACAACCUUCGCGUUAGAUGAAAAGGAAUCACUGCGACCAGACGAUAGCGCCAGCGUGAAAGCCGCGGCCGCUGAAGACGAUGACUCGUUUUCCUUCCGAGGGCCGAACCUACCCAGUUCCAGGAUGGGCUCCGACAUAGCUGCGCGUGCGAGGGGUAUCAUUCAACUUGGGGACAUGCCGGAUCGCCGCCUCGCCCAGCCCAUCUCCGGGUCUCUGAGUCAAGGCAUGAUUACACCGCAGAGCGCCUCUUCCGACCAGCCACCGAUGCCCCCUGCCAAUGCUUUGUCGGCCACUCUCCCCGAUUCGGCCAAUCUCUUGAACACCAUCUACGGACAAGCGCCAGACGAGAAACUGUUGGAGGCUAUGGCCUCUCCGAAGGACAGGCUAUUCUUGUUGCGACUUGAGGCUGAGUUGAUCAAGUUUGUUCAGAAUUCCAAGGAGCCGUACAUGGACUUUCCUCCAUCCAAUUCCUUCUGUAGAAUGCUCACCCACAAGCUGGCCGAUUAUUACCGGAUGACACAUCAGUAUGAAGCUCGUGUUGGAUCUGUGCGCAUAUUCCGAACCCCGUACGCCAGGGUGCCCGAGUCGCUGGCUAGUAUCGCUGCCCCGGAGACGAAUGCUGAGACACCACCUCCGCCCGCGGUGCUGCCGCGAAAGAUCAUGCGACGCGGAGAGGAGGGAGAAUUCGGUCCCAAUAGCGCUUCUCCAUCUAAGGCUACGUCCGAGACCGGUAGUGACUCCAAGGACAAGUCGGCUGCUGCCAACCAGAAAUUGUCGAGGGAACAGCGGGAAGAGGCGUACAAGCAAGCCCGCGAGAGGAUCUUUGGCAACUCUGAAAAGACGGGAGAAUCAACACCCGACAAUGAAGGUGAAAAUGGAGUUUCACGCGCCAGCUCAGUCUCUGCCCGAGAUAAGACCCAAAAUGGCAAACGGGGCAAAAUGGGCAAACAGAGACGGGAUGAUUCCGACAGCUUCGACUCGAGACAUAACUACACUCCCUACUGGGGCCCGCAGCAACAGACGUGGAUGCCGCAGCCCCAGUACGUCCCUGUAUCCAACCAGUAUGGUGCUCCAGUGCAGCAGCAGCCUCAGCAGCAACAGCCUCAGCAGUCGUACCCCAACCAGAUUCAAGCACCUUACAACACGACGCCAACUCAAACCUUUGCUCCCAUGAUGCCCAAUGCGGGUUACAAUGCGUCGUACCCCAACAUGCCGCCGUACCCGUCACAGCAGCCGAACCAAGCACGGUUCCAGCCGCCUGCAAACCCCAGCAAUUAUGGGGGAGCUGGACCGGUUCCUCCGCAACAGCAGCAAGGCUGGCAGCAAGGCUUUGGGCCGGCGCCGGUGCCAAUGACUCCUCCCUCUGCGGCCAAUGCGACCGCCUACACUCCGCGAGGCAUGUCCGCCCCGCCCGGACAAGGCACGGUUCCGUACAUGUACGGGCAGCUGCCGGCGAAUAUCAACCCAAACGAUCCCAAGAGUCAGCAUCCUAUCCCCGGUAGCUACAAUCGGCAUGCUUUCAACCCCAAAACGCAGUCGUUUGUCCCUGGUGGUGGCAUGGCCCCGAUGCAGCCGCCACAACCACCGUUCAGCGCUCCUGGCUCUCACCAUGGUAGUCCCCAGAUUGGAUCACCUCAUCUGGCAUACGCCGGCUACCAACAGCCAGGACCGCCGGCGCCUUACGGCUACGGUAUGGCCCGGCAGGGGUCAAACAACUCGAUUCCUUCAUACCACCCUCCACCGCCUCAGCACCCUCAUCACCUUAACCCUUUGCCCCAAGCACCGGGCUCUCAUACGCCUCAACAUCCGCCGCAACACCUCCCGCAAAACCCCUCUCCCCAUAUUCCCAACAAACCCGUCAUCCCCCAGGGCCCAGCUGGACAUACGUUCAGCCACCUGCCGCACUACGGCAACCCUGCUACUUUGCCACAGAAACCAAACAUGGGUGUUUAGGUGAGCAUUUGACGUUGAGGGUCUAUGGCAGAAUGAACGGCGCAUGGGGGGGUGGGAUGGUACUUAAAGGCACUGCAUAUCGGCGUUCAUACAGGGGCGGAUAGGAUGGCAUCAGAUCACGUGUAGGCUAUUGCAUGCUAGAACACUUACGUACCUUAAUUGUCACUCAACUUUCUUG